AUGUCGGGUGUAGAGCUUGGCCUUGCCAUAUUCGGCACUAUUGAUCAGUGUAUCAAAUACGGAAAGAUCGUCGUGGACAAAUGGAAGGCCUUUAAGGGAGCAGAUCAGAUGAUUAAAGAGCAAACUAUUAUUAUUGAAGCCAUCUGGUUGAAGGUAUCCCUUCAGUUAGACUUUCUCAAGCGGAUUUGGGAAAGUCUAGACCCGAAUUAUAAGGAUCUACAGGAACGCCUUCUCGUCAUUCUGCAAUCUAGGAUAACUGGUGCUAGCUUGCAGCUGAGCAAGCUUGAGAAACAGGGGCCCUGGGAUAGCAAUGUUCCAAUGAAGAAGAAAGAGGCGCUGAAAUAUGCCUUGCUUAGCAGAGAAUCCCUCAACAAACUAAUUAGUGAGCUUCAAAAUUGGGAAAAGCUGUUCGACCCCACAUGGCAUUUGACUUCGCGGAUGCAUAAUCAAUUCAUUGAUAUGGAGUUCACCAGACAUUCAGGAGCUGGCAGACUCUCCAUCGAAAGAGAAGUUCGAAGUACACUUCAUUCACCCCGCCAAGCCAGUGUGUUUCUUCCACAGAGAGAUUUGGACCAGGCUAGCCGCUCUCCAAUUCAAUUUUCGGAUUCCCAUGUUAUUGAUAUACAUGCAGGCACGGAGGAUGUUUCUAUUUUCAUGAGGCAUGUUCGAGACCUGGCACAAAAGCUCGAGAAGGUUGACGCUAGACUUUUCCACGUACUGAAAUGUCAAGGCGUUGUUCGCGUUAAAGACCCCCUCACAAAGCGAGUUCUAUCAUUCGACUUCAUAUUCCACAUCCCCGAUGGGUGUUUCGAGCCUCAGAGUCUUCGGUCUCAUCUUUAUUCGAUGACUUGUCCUUCGCUGAAUGAGAAAAUCGAGCUUGCUAAGCAGCUUGCCACAUCAGUGAAUUAUGUUCAUGUUCUUGAUAUCGUUCACAAGAAUACUCGUCCAGAAAACGCCUUGCUAGGCAACUCCGUUUGGGCCGAAACCACCUACCAACACCCUGAUCGACAAGGAAUCCAUCCUAGUGCAGACUAUACUAUGCAGCAUGAUAUCUAUAGUCUCGGCGUAUGCCUUCUUGAGAUUGGGCUCUGGGAAUCGUUUGUGAGUAGUCAGGGCAAGAUAUUCCCCCAAGCAGUAAAUGGGGAAGACCCGGAUCCUUCCGCCUAUAUAAUGGAGGGCAGCUCUCUUAAAGAUUACUAUGUUGUAUUAGCAAAUAAGCAUUUAUCGACCAAGAUGGGAGAAAAGUAUAUGCAUGUUGUUGUCAAUUGUUUAACAUGCCUGGAUGAGACAAACCAAGACUUUGGUGACCAGACUGAAUUUGAGGACAAUGAUGGAAUUUUGAUUGGUGUCAAGUACAUUGAAAAAAUCCUUCUUCUUUUAAGUGAGAUAUCUGUAUAG